AUGGGGAAAGAUAAAAAGAGAUCAAAAAGACAUAAAUUUAAUAAAAAGAAAGAUGAAUUUGAAACAUACGAAAAGAAAUUAUCAAAACAUGGUCAAACAGAUCUGAAUUUCAUAGAUACAUCAUUUCAAGUCUCUUCAUAUCCAUGGACAACAAUAGAACAUGUAUUAGAUCCACCAAAAAUUAAAAAAUUAAAAUCAUUAAAGUACUUAUGUGCUAAUCAAAUAUCUUUGAAUUGUUCCAAUAUCAAUGAGUCUUUGUUGAAAUCUUUACCUUGGUCAAUUUGGAGACCAGUCUGGAAUUGUAUUUUAAGAAAUGGGAAGGAUACCAUUGAGAUUUUUAUAAAAUUUAACAAUGUUUUUGGAUUAAGAUCUGACUUUAAAAAUCAUAAAACUAGACUGUUUAUAAACAAGAGGGAUGAAGCAGUUUUACUAAAUAGUAUACCUAAUGGUAACAAACAUAGAAUUGAAACAAUUUUUAAUAAUGUACCUAUUGUCGACGUUGUUUCAAAACUUAAUUCGACUAUGUCAAAAAUAGUACUAGAUUUAUCUCAUUUGAAGGAAUUUAAAAGAGAAGAUUAUUUCAUGCUUUUUAACAUUUCAAGUCUUAUUUGUUUAGAUCUAAGCAAUCAUCAGGUUGAUGAUUCAUUUUUAUCGAACUUAAGAACUUCAAUCUACCAUGGGAAGCUAAACAAACUUAUAAUGAUGAAAUUAGUGAAUACAAAAAUUACGAAUACUGGGAUCCUAAAUUUUUUAGAGUUAGAUUCCAACAUUAAAUGCAUUGAAACAAACAUAAUGAUUAAAAAAGAGGGUUGGUUAUUAAUGAAACCACAAGCACAAUAUCAUUUGACUUUAGGAUUAUACGUGCUACAGGAUAUGUUCCCAGAUUUCAAUUUCUCAAGCCCAAACAUAAUCGACCUUAUGAUUAUCAACAAAUCAUACCCGGCACCAUUAGACCUAUUAUGGAGUACGAGAAAUAAAAUAUCAGCUAGAGGUUACGUCUACGUACGAGAUCCAAAUUUCAAACCCAAUACCAAAGUGGAAGAAGAAGAAGAAGUACCACAACCUAAAAAGCGUCAAAAAUUGAAAAUUAAUGCAAAUGAAUUUUUUUCUAUAUAG